AUGCCGUGGAUGCCAGAACGCAGGAUCAGUUUGAACUCAUCACCACACGAAGACAUCGUCUCAGACAGUUUUCUCAUCAGGUCAGGACCUCCUGCUGUCUACCAGCUGAGACCGAAGAAACAGAAGACUGGAACUCUGACAAGAAUGACUGUUGGAGAAAAACGUCCAAACAAGCCGAACAGAACCAUCUUACUGGUGGGAGAAACAGGAGCAGGAAAAUCUACUCUGAUCAACGCUCUGCUCAACUACACCAUGGGAGUGAAGUGGGAGGAUGAAGUCUGGUUUAUGAUCGCAGAGGAGGAGAGAAGAAGUCAGACAUCAGAUGUGAUCGUGUACGAGAUCUUUGGUUUUGAAGAUGAAACUCUUCCCUACUCUCUGACCAUCAUCAAUACUCCUGGAUAUGGAGACACCAGAGGGAUCGAACAUGAUGACACCAUCAGUUACAGAUUAUUGGACUUGUUUCAAUCAGACGAUGGAGUCCAUGAAGUUCAUGCAGUGGGUCUGGUGAUGAAGGCGAGUGUGAAUCGACUGAGUGAGCCAUUGAGGUACGUCUUUGAUUCAGUGAUGUCUCUGUUUGGAAAAGAUGUGGAGAAAAACAUUGUAGCUCUGAUCACACACUCAGAUGGAAGCAGACCUGAAAACCCUCUUCAAGCUCUUGAAGCUGCAAACAUUAAAUGUGCCAAAAAUGAGGACAGUCAGCCUGUUCACUUCCUGUUUAAUAACUGCCAGCUUGAAGAGCGAAUGGAGGAAAACACAAUUUUUAGAAAUUCAUGGGAACUUACACAGACAAACAUGGAUCAUUUGACAGAUUUGUUGGGAAAAUCGAAUCCUCAGAAACUGGUGAAAACAGCCGAAGUGUUAAAUGAACGAAUAAGACUGAAAGCCUGCAUCCAAAACCUGGAAGACAGAAUCGAGCUGGCUGAACUGAAACAGACAGAAAUCAGACAGAUCCGAGAAGCUCUGAAGCAGACAAAUCACAGAAGUAAAAUGGAAAUUGAGAAAAUAUUGAGUCUUUUGGAAAAUCUUGAAAAGGAAAUGAAAGUGCUGACAGCAGAAAAGCAAAAGUGGCUAAGUGACUCCUACCAGCAUGCUGUCAGACUGCAGGAAAUCGCUCUGAAAGCUAAUUCAGCAUCCACUGUUGUGCACUUGGACUUCCUGAUUGAGAAGAUGAAGGAGGAAGGAGACACGGAGAAGGUCCAGAAACUGGAGGAGAUGAGGAGAGAGGAUGGAGGAACCGAAGAAUCACAGAGUGACACCAACACCUAUCCUGCCGUUACAGAGAGGGACGACGCCCCCAUCCAGCUGGAGCAGCAUCAGGUCAGAGCCACACUGUGCCGAGUCUAUGCGAGGAAAGCAGCUGGUGCUGACGGUGCAGCCGGUGGAGAGCUUAAAGCAUGUGCAGACCAACUAGCAGAGGUUUUCACCACCAACUUCAACCUGCUACAGUCUGUAGAAGGCCAACAGGUGGACAGAGGACGCCAUAAUUACAGCUCUUCACACAACCCUCACACAUCUGGACAGUAG